AUGAAUGCACCAAUGUUCUAUGGGAAGCGACCAGGUGGACUUCAAACCAGGGUUCCACCAGUCGAAAGUGACGACAGCUGCCUUGACAGCGGGGAUAGUGAUGAGGACUACACUCCUACACCACGUCGGCACUAUCCACAAAGCUACCGACGCUCCUAUUGCUGCCGGUUUCAUCACCUGCUGUUCUCUCAGGUGCAGCACAGUGAGGAUCUGUCUCUGUUUGAGACUGGAGGUCGGAGGACGCCUCACAAACAGGAAACUCACUCUCUGGAGGCUGUGAAGCUGCUGGAGUUCAACCUAAAACACACUCUGACACGGCUCGUCACUCACCUGUUCGGACAAGACCUGGAGGUCCGCUGGGUCGACUGCUACUUCCCCUUCACUCACCCCUCCUUUGAGAUGGAGGUGCGUUUCCAGGGUGACUGGAUGGAGGUGCUGGGCUGCGGAGUGAUGGAGCAGGAGCUGCUUAACUCAGCGGGGGCAGGGAACAAAGCGGGCUGGGCAUUUGGUCUCGGCCUGGAGAGACUGGCCAUGGUCCUGUACGGCAUCCCAGACAUCCGGCUGUUCUGGAGUGAGGAUGAGCGCUUUCUCAAACAGUUCAGAGUGACGGAUAUCCAGCAGCCCAUCUGCUUCCAGCCCCUCAGUAAGUAUCCUCCCCUCUACAAUGACAUCUCCUUCUGGCUGCCGGACAGCAGAGAGAGGGAGGACGGGGAAGAGACCUUCACAGAGAAUGACUUCUACGAUCUGGUGCGCUCCAUCGGAGGAGACCUAGUGGAGAAAGUGUCACUGGUGGACCAGUUCACACACCCAAAGACCGGCAGGCGGAGUCACUGUUAUCGCAUCGUCUACCGCCACAUGGAGCGGACUCUGACCCAGCAGGAGGUUCGACUCGUCCAGGAGCAAAUUGAACGCACCUCCGAGACCGAGCUUGGCGUGCAGGGCAGAUACUGACUGGCACACGCGCACACAUACACACACACACAAACACACACACACACACACUCACUCACUCACUCGGCUGCAGCUUCGUCACGUCGUUGUAGCUGUGAUAUUUUAUAUUUUGCUGCAGGGGGAAACGUGUUGACUUCAACGUCACGCUCAGCUUUUGAUGCUGCUGCCAACACACACACACACACACACACACACACACACACACACACACACACACACACGAUACGUCAUCUUGUGUUUUCUCCUCUUCAGAUUGAAAAGUCUAAAUUUGACGUGUGUCAUCUCUAAUUUCCUAAAACAUCCUGUGUGUGUGUGUUGAGUCGGCGGUCACGCACCGCAGC